AUGCUUAGGAGUCACUGCUCACCCUGUUCGAGGGGCCUGACUCGUCUUUCCGCUCAGAGACUUCGCGUUCGUCCCCUUGUGCAGUCGCAUGCUUCGCCACUAUCAACAAGACACCAUAGUUCGCAAGAUGGCAAAAGCGACACUCAGCGGACACCCCUAACAGUCCCUGCUGCGGCAAGGUUCAACGAGAUCGGUGUCCAACAACUGAGCGACCAUGUCUACUCGCAGAUAUUCUUCAAUAAGUCGAAUCCGCCUGAUCCGAAUCUAGUCACCCUAUCAAAAGACCAUCUUGCGCGCCAUGAUCUACUUGGGAAGGCGCAAGAGCAUGCGGAUCCGGUCGCCUUUGACCUGCCCGCUCUCCAGGGGCAAACUUUGGAUGAGCAUUUCUUCAAGCUAGGAAUGGACUCAUCAGAACCAUAUCUCACCUACGCCAAGCAAUAUGGGGUAGUAAAUUCACCGGAACUACCUCGAAAAUGGAUCAAGCGCAGUGGGUGGACUAAAUAUCACAAGGAUGGCACGUGGGAGGCUGUUGAGGCACCGAACGAGUCAAUGCUCACUUUUGACACUGAAGUGAUGUACAAAGAACACCCAUUCGCUGUAAUGGCAUGUGCUGUUAGCCCUUCGGCUUGGUAUGCUUGGAUAUCCCCCUGGUUAUUGGGGGAGUCGGAGAACGAAAUCCAGCUUGUUCCCUUGGGCGAUCCAACCCAACCUCGUAUCAUUGUCGGACACAAUAUCGGCUACGAUCGUGCGCGCGUAUUCGAGGAGUAUGAUUUGAAACAGACUCAGAAUUUUUUCCUUGACACAAUGUCUCUCCAUGUCGCUGUCAACGGAAUGUGCUCUCAGCAACGGCCUACGUGGAUGCGCCAUAAGAAGAAUAAAGAUCUAAGAGAAAAAAUUGCAAAUGACAACGACUCUGUUGAGCUUGCAGCGCUAAUUGAAAAUAAAAUGUUGCGGGAAGAAGAAGAAGAACUCUGGGUUGGGAGAAGUUCGGUCAAUUCACUUCGAGAUGUGGCUAAAUUCCACUGCGACGUUACGAUCGACAAGUCCCAGAGGGACUACUUCGGGGAGCUUGACAAACCCCAGAUAUUGAAAAAAUUGGAUGAGCUACUUGAUUACUGCGCUGCUGAUGUUGCUAUCACACAUCGCGUAUACAAGAGGGUUUUCCCCAAUUUCCUUGAGGUUUGCCCACAUCCAGUCAGCUUUGGUGCUCUUAGGCAUCUCUCCUCCGUCAUUCUCCCGGUAAAUCAGAGCUGGAAAGAAUAUCUCGACAAUGCUGAAUCGACGUAUCAUCAGAGGCUGGGCGAUGUUCAACGCCGGCUUGUCGAACUAUGCGAUGAGGCGCUGAGUGUCAAGGAUGAUCCCGAAAAAUAUAAUAAUGACCCCUGGUUACGACAGCUGGACUGGUCCGGCCAGGAGAUCAAAAUGGUCAAAGGCAAGAAGAAAGGAGAUCCUCCCCGGCCAGCUGCCAGACAAAAGAAGCCCGGCAUGCCGCAAUGGUAUAAAGACCUGUUUACAUCAAACACAUCAGACAUCAACCUGACGGUAAGGACGCGGAUCGCGCCGAUACUUCUCAAGCUCUCGUGGGAUACCCAUCCGUUGAUUUGGUCUGACAAGCACGGUUGGGCAUUUAAAGUCCCUCGCGAAAAGGCUCACCAGUACGAGAAUCAGCCUGUGGUUGCAUGCGAUAUGUCCGAUGAAAAAAACGCAGAGCUGCAAAAUGAUAGAAGGCACAUCUACUUCAAACUUCCUCACAAAGAUGGACCGCAAGCGCGCUGUGUCAGUCCGCUUGCCAAAGGUUACCUGCAAUUUUUUGAGCGCAGCACGCUAUCGUCUCAGUACGCCCUUGCCAAAGAGGCGUUGGAAAUGAAUGCGUCUUGUUCUUAUUGGAUCAGCGCUCGUGACCGAAUCAUGGGUCAGAUAGUUGUCUAUGAGAAUGACGUACGGUCUCUUACUCCGAAGAAAGAAGAUGAGAAAGUAGGAUUCAUCCUGCCUCAGAUUAUUCCAAUGGGAACUAUCACUCGAAGGGCAGUUGAAAAUACGUGGCUUACAGCCAGUAAUGCCAAGGCAAAUCGUGUUGGCUCUGAGUUAAAGGCGAUGAUCAAGGCUCCGCCGGGUUACGCCUUUGUUGGUGCCGACGUCGACUCUCAAGAGCUAUGGAUUGCAAGUCUAAUCGGCGAUGCUCAAUUCCAACUUCAUGGUGGAAAUGCAAUUGGAUUCAUGACCCUAGAAGGGUCCAAGGCUGCUGGAACUGAUAUGCAUUCGCGAACUGCUAAAAUUUUGGGCAUUUCUCGCAACGAUGCGAAGGUAUUCAAUUAUGGCCGUAUUUAUGGAGCCGGUGUCAAAUUUGCAGCUACUUUACUACGCCAGUUCAACCCAUCCAUGACUGAGAGACAAACUCAGGAGGUUGCAACGAAGCUGUACAAAGAGACGAAGGGUGCCAAAACCACUCGCCGCCUUUUGAGCGACAACCCCUUCUGGCGGGGCGGCACAGAGUCCUUCGUCUUCAACAAGUUAGAAGAGUUUGCCGAUCAAGAACGGCCACGAACUCCAGUUCUAGGUGCUGGUAUCACUGAAGCACUAAUGCGGCGCUUUAUCAAUAGAGGUAGCUUCAUGACCUCGCGUAUCAACUGGGCAAUCCAAUCAUCUGGUGUGGAUUACCUUCACCUGCUGAUUAUUUCCAUGGAUUAUCUCAUUCGACGCUUCAAUAUCCAGGCCCGUUUGGCCAUCACUGUCCAUGACGAAAUCAGAUAUCUUGUCAAAGAAGAAGACAAAUAUCGCGCUGCUUUGGCUUUACAGGUUGCAAAUGUGUGGACGCGCGCCAUGUUCUCGCAGCAGGUUGGUAUCAAUGAUCUACCACAGUCCUGUGCCUACUUCUCUCAAAUUGACAUCGACCACGUGUUGCGCAAAGAGGUCGACAUGGACUGCGUAACCCCAUCUUAUCCACACAAAAUUCCCCACGGCGAAAGUCUUGAUAUUCUUCAACUCCUCAACAAAAACGACCAAGCCCGCCUUGACCCGUCAAUAACCCCAGUUUUGCCACCAUCGCCAGAAAGGUUUAGUUACACGCCUCGAGAAACCGUAAUGUCUGCACUUGAAACCUCCAAUAACCCGGCUCUUAUAAAAGCUCAAAUCACGAAGGAUGAUAAGGAACUUCGAGAGAUUAUAAAAGAGGUUACUCAGGCAAAUGCUCCGACCAAACAAACAACGACGCGGUCAAAUACCCGCACCAAAUCAACCAGUGGUUCUACAGCUGCAGCCGAACCCCAAAAAGCAAUCCUCAUGGAUAUCGGUUCGGGCCUUUAUGGUGGUGACUUCCGAGACUUCCCGCAGGGGAGCAGGCCUCCCCAGGUCAAUUUCGGCCGUCAGACUUGGAAACCACGCCCGACGGCGAGAGCAUAA